AUGAGGUUAACGGUUUGUGUCUGUCUUCUUCUGCUAGUAGUGUCCAGUCAAGCAGAAUUCGACAAAAAUACUUCUUUGAAAACAGAGAAAAGGGAGGAGAACGCUGGCUUGAAAAAGCGGGCACCAGAGCUGUCUACAGCAGGCUCAUCACUGAACGCAGGGAUCGAGUAUGCUGACACAAAUCAGCCGCUGCCAGACAAGUCACCGUCACAGAGAAUAUACGCCACGCCAGUACCUCAGAUAGCCAAGAUAUCGGACCUGCUGGCGGGCCAGAAUCCAUCCUUCCAGGCUGCCAUCGCUAACCAACUUUAUGCUCCAAUUUCUGCGUACCAGCCUCGCUCUGGAUCACCAACAACGUACGAAGUGUCGGAGCCAGUACCAUCGCAACUCGCCUACAGCGAACACAGAUUGGCUUACCAGCAGCCUAAUUCCUUACAGUUCACACCACAAGUCUACAAUCAAAAAGCACCUGCACAGCUGGAUUACUUGCAACAGCAGAUAUUGGCCCAGCCUCAACAAAUUUACAGCCAAGAACCGGUACAACAGAUAUAUGAACAAGCUCCUCAAGCAAACUAUCAGACCCAGCCUAUUACAUAUAACCAAGUACAACCUGUGCAGUAUACAGCACAGCUACAAAAAAAGUUAGAAAACCAACAAACCUUCCAGGCAGCGCAGUAUCAAAAAGCACAAAACGCAAUUUAUUCAGACAAUCAGCAAAACCUACUUUCAAAUCAGUAUAACCAGGCUCCUCAAGUGUUUUACACAGAUGGACAGCAACAAUACCAGCAACAAGCAUACGUACAGGACCAGCCUGUCCAAAAUGUUCAGCUCGGUCAACCUGGGGUCACGUAUUUACGCCCGGAAACAACGCAGCAGAAGGUGUACAAUCAGCCAGAACAGAACCAAGUAUACGAGAAGCCACAGUUUGUAGCACAGAACUACCAAUCUCAACCUCAAUCCCCAGUAAGCUACGCGAGUUUCUCCCACAACCAGGCUAACCCGUCCAUCAUAAACCAUCCCUUCCAUCAACAGAGUGUACAACAGAUCCAACAAUAUACUCCAGCGCAGGAAGCGACGAACAUCGUCUCACAAGGAAACGCCGGUCAAGAAAGACAACUUUCUUACUUGAGACAAACUCCUCAACAUCAAGUUCAACCUCAGGUGCUCCAACCUCAAGUUCAGGCUCCGGUGUUCCAACAACUCCAACCCCAAGUCCAGUACUCACCUAAGGCUAACCCUGGUUAUAAAGGUGAACCUGCGGCUGCGGCGCAAUCUUACCAACGAGUGCAAUAUUUUGGAAAAUACGCACAAUCUAUAUUCGGUAAAUCGCAGCAUUGA